GCCUGGGCAGCCUAUGGGCACACAAUCUCCACCCUGCACCCUCCUUGGAACUUCUGUCACAAUGAAAUCCGCAAUCUUGUUUCUUAUCCUGCAAACAGUCGUCCAGUGCAGGAGCUCGGAGAACCUGUCCCUCACCGAUCUCCUGGAGAGGUAUUGUGAAGUCCUGUCUGGAGCCCGCAACGUCACAGGUCCUCACUGCAGCGCCACCAUCGAUCAGAUCGGCACCUGUUGGCCGAGAAGUGUAGCCGGCGAGUUGGUGGAGAGACCUUGCCCGGAUUUUUUCAAUGGGAUAAAGUACAACACGACAAGGACCGUUUACAGGGAAUGUUUUGAAAAUGGCACCUGGGCGACUUGGAUGAACUACUCCCAGUGUGUGCCCAUCCUGGAUCAUAAGCGGAAGUACGACUUGCAUUACAAGAUCGCCCUGAUCAUCAACUACCUGGGACACUGCAUCUCCGUCCUGGCGCUGGUCAUUGCCUUUCUGCUCUUUUUGUGUUUAAGGAGUAUAAGAUGUCUUCGGAAUAUCAUUCACUGGAAUUUAAUCACAACCUUCAUCUUACGAAACAUCAUGUGGUUCCUGCUUCAAAUGAUCGACCAUAACAUCCACGAGCAGAACGAGAUUUGGUGUCGAUGCAUCACAACUAUCUACAACUACUUUGUGGUAACCAACUUCUUCUGGAUGUUCGUCGAAGGCUGCUACCUCCAUACGGCCAUAGUGAUGACUUAUUCUACCGACAAACUGCGCAAGUGGGUCUUCCUUUUUAUAGGAUGGUGUAUUCCAUGUCCAAUAAUCAUAGCUUGGGCCAUAGGGAAGCUCUGCAAUGAAAACGAACAAUGCUGGAUUGGAAAAGGGCCCGGAAAAUACAUUGAUUAUAUCUACCAAGGACCUGUCAUCCUCGUCCUCCUUAUCAACUUUGUAUUUUUAUUCAACAUUGUGCGGAUACUAAUGACGAAAUUAAGAGCUUCAACGACAUCAGAGACCAUACAGUAUAGGAAAGCUGUGAAGGCCACUCUGGUCUUACUCCCUCUCCUGGGAAUUACAUACAUGCUGUUCUUCAUGAACCCCGGGGAAGACAACGUCUCUCAGAUAGUGUUCAUUUAUUUUAAUUCCUUCCUUCAGUCUUUUCAGGGUUUCUUUGUAUCGGUGUUUUACUGCUUCUUGAACGGAGAGGUUCGAUCAGCCGCAAGAAAGAGGUGGCACCGUUGGCAGGACCACCAUUCCCUCCGUGUCCGGGUUGCCCGAGCUAUGUCCAUACCGACCUCGCCUACCAGGAUCAGCUUUCACAGCAUAAAGCAGACAGCAGCCAUCUGAGCACAGGAACGCAGCGGCCUCCAGAAAUGUUGUAUCUUUUUGUUUCCUGGUUUCCCCUUUUUCUUGUCGGAUGGCGGAAUUCACCUUUAAUGGACUUCAGUGGCCACAACAUGGGGGAAAGUCACAGAACAAAGGACAUAAACCCGAGUGUAGAUGGUGUUGUAAACGCUAUAGAAAGCACAAGCGCUGAGGUUCCGGCGUGGAACCGUUUUUAUGUAAAUCACAGGAGUAAACCAAAUGCUUUGACCGAAUUCUCUUUUUGGUCCAUUUCAUGGGCCGAGGACUGUAGAGUGUGGCAGAUAACUGGAUAUUCAAGGAAAGUGGUGACAAAUCAGUUGCCAUCAAGAGUCGGGAUUGUUGAUUGUUUUCUUUGUAUAUUUGUAUUUUGCAAAAAAACUAAAAAACUAAUCUUUUCAAUGUUCUUACCAAAGAUCAUUGAGAUAGGAUCAGAAAUUA